GAAACUGACUACCCUUUAAUAGGACAAGGGUGACACAAAGUAACCCGACUGGUCACACCCUUUAAAUCUCUCAGAUAUGACGCUGAAAUUAAAAGCACUGAUAGGCUAUUUGAUUUGACACCAGAAUUUUUGGGUAUAAAUUAUGCCAGAAGACGCAGCGUGGAGCUCGACCUGUAACGCGAGUUUGGAUUUAAUCUUAACGUAAUGGUUCUUGUUUCAUUUGGUCAUCCUGAGGGACCUUUUGAACUAUGGAGCGUUUCAACAUCAUAAGACUGUUGACUGGAGCACCGCGUAUAUAUAACAGGUCGUAAUGCCACACUAUUGGACGUACCGAACAGGUGCUACUUAGACAUUUCUGGUUGUAAAUCAAAGGGACAUAUUAGCUGACAAAUACAGAAUUGUGAGGCAACAAACACGAUAUGACUAUAUUAUUAUUAUAUGCGUUAUAAGAAUGAAUAUGUAGGGGUUAAGGAGGGGAAAGACCUGAGAUUUAUUAAUGCUGUAUUAAGUGAUUACAAGACUUGAUGAUAUGAUUCAUUAUGCUGACAUGCCAGGAAUCAUGUCAUAGCACUGUGGCCACAGAUUUGGUGCCCUUUUCUCUCAUCUCUCAUUACUGCUUCAUUUGGAUAGUGAAGGGUGUUUGUGCUGCCAGUCUAAAGAGCCUCCACCAUGGGAUGUGUACAGAGUGUAAAACUCAAGCCACGUUUUCAUGAGAAUAUCACAGUCCUGGAACUGCAAGCCUCCAUUGAUCCUAGUCCAACUGUCAUCGAUGAGUCAUCUAAUGUGGUUCUGCGAUACCGUACUCCUUACUUCAGGGCAUCAGCUCAGGUCCAGGUGCCACCCAUGCUUUGCAAAGAUAUCUGGACCGUUGGCUGGAUCCAGGCUUGCAAUCAAAUGGAUUUCUUCAAUAUAUAUGGGAAUGAAGGAGUAUCCAGUUGGGAGCUCCCAGAGAUGAAAUGUGGGCAGAUUCAGGUGAUUAGUGAUUCAGAUGGUGUGAAUUACCCCUGGUAAGGUUGCACCACUGAGAUGUACAUGAUAGUGGGUCCCACUAAAAAGAGCACCAAACUCAUCGUCAGCAUGAAUGACAACUUCUGCCCAAGUGUGACGUGGAGUGUCCCAGUGGGCACCACCAGCAGUCCAGCUCUCCUGAGCUCCAUCCAGAGGGACCAACGCUUCACCACAUGGUUCGUGGCCAUGAACGAAACCACAGCUGAGAUGGCGCUACUCCGAACCAUCUGCUGGAGGAUGCAGCUCUGCAUUAAAGUGGAUCCAAUGAAGCCUCAGGGUCAAAGAGCCACAGUUGUGGAGCCACUGAUCCAGGAACAGCCUCAAGUCUUGGUCAGAAAUGAACCUAUUCCGACAAACGCCUUGCUUAAGCCUAAUGCCAAUGAUGCCGAGGUUCUAAUGUGGCGGCCUAGAAAUGGGGAGCCCAUUGUGGUCAUACCCCAAAAAUAUUUUUCCAAUGAAGGAUAUUUACUUCCAGCUUGAAGUAAAAUGAUUCAAUUAUGCUCAGUUAAAUGAAGAAUGGUGUGGAGUGAGUAUGAGAAUGAUAAUCAACAGGGCUACCGAUUGAAA